AUGAAUUUAACAACCAGAGGAGACUCCAUUGUCAGCUCAGUCGCCAACAUUUCUGGUAUUGAUUUGACAAGUGCAAUUGGACUACCCCCUUCGCGGUUGAUUAAUGGCGUGGCAAAUUGUGGUCAGUACGACAACUUUGUGAAUUCCACGAUCGGAAACAUGGACGCUGUGACCACUUUUGUGACAAACAGGUUCAAUAUGGGAAGCGGAUUUUCGAGCGGCCUCAAUGACCUCUCGUCAUCUCUGUCCUUUGAUACCAGCUCAAUUAAUGUUGGAAGUAAUUUACAGUCUAAAUUCGACUUAUUGAACCUUGAUUAUAACUCCAUGGCUUCAUCAUUCAACUCAAGCUUGGAAACAUUUGAGAGGGAUUUGCUAACUGUACAAAAUCAAGCAAACUCAUCCCUCCAGACUGAGCUCUCCAAUUCAUCCCAAACCAUGAACACGAUUCGUUCAUAUUGUGUGGGAAGAGAAAGUCAAACAGUCUGCGUCAAGUAUGCAGAAUAUUUGAACGCAACCAAACAAUACCAAGAUUGUAGCACAUUGAUUCAGAGUAUUCGUCAACAAUUAGAGGCAAUUCAAAUCACAGUUUCAAACAUUAACAGUGACUUGCAGAGCAAUCUCUCACCUCUUCCUGCAAGAAUUACAACCACUGUGACAGAUCUUUCCAAUAACAUGACCAAGCUCAAGAAUGACACUUUAGCUUUGGCUCCCACUCUGCUCUCAGAGACCUUGCAAAAAAUUAUCACUGAUUUCAGUUCUCCCCUCAAAUGUGCCUAUGUUCCUGCAGCACUCCACGAUGUUAACAAUAGUGUUUGUGUGAAUGGUAUUGUGCUGGAUUCUUUAGUCAUUGGGGCGUGCUCGUUUUUGAUUGGCCUCUUGUGUGCUGUUGGAUUUGUGUAUAUUCUUCUUGUUGAUAAGUACAUUACAUACCGACUGAUUAAGGAGGAAUCAAAAAAGAAAUCUUCCAAGAAGAAGCAAAGAGCACCAGCCAAGCUUGUGGAGUUGCCAUCUCUCCAACUUGAAGACACCCCUGCUCUUGAGAAGCCAGUUGAUUUUGGACAAGAGGAUGAUUUAGGAAAUACAUUCCAGUAUUGA